GUUGACUGACCAGAACAAGGGAAUAUCUGAUACAUACUAUCAUACAAAUUACAAUAUGUUGGAGAUGCUUGAAUACAGCCAUUACCAGGUACAGACACAUCUGGAGAACCCCACCAAGUACCACAUCCAGCAGGCCCAGAGGAAGCAGGUGAGGCAGUACCUGUCCACAACCCUUGGGGGUAAGCCUGGCAGCCAGGCCGGCAGCCUGCAGUGCCCCAGCCAGCCCCCGGAGCACGGGAUGCCCCCCGGCCCAGGCAGCAGUGCCCCCAACAGCCCCAUGGCCCUGCUGACCCUCAGCUCCAACUGCGAGAAGGAGAUGGAUGAUGUCAUUGAUGACAUUAUUAGCUUGGAAACAAGUUAUAAUGAGGAUAUUUUUGGACUUAUGGACCCAGGACUCCAGGUUACUAAUACACUCCCUGUAUCUGGUAACCUUCUGGACAUGUAUGGAAAUCAAGGGCUUCCCCCAAAUGGACUUGCCAUCAGUAACUCCUGCCCUGGUAGCUUAUCCAACAUCAAAAGGGAAUUCUCAGGUUAUCCAGCUCCUGGCAUGAUGCACGUACUGGACAAUACUGGAUCCUAUGGCCAGUUUGACAACUACCAAAGGCCCGAGGGCUUUCCAGUUGCUGAGGUUCGAGCGAUGGCCAAGGAGAGACAAAAAAAGGACAACCACAACUUAAUUGAACGAAGGAGAAGGUUCAACAUCAACGAUCGAAUCAAAGAGCUUGGAACCCUGAUUCCUAAGUCUAAUGAUCCGGACAUGCGCUGGAAUAAGGGCACCAUUCUGAAGGCCUCAGUGGACUACAUCAGGAAGCUGCAGAGGGAGCAGCAGAGAGCUAAGGAGGUGGAGCUUAGACAGAGAAGGCUGGAGCAUGCCAACCGCCAUCUGAUGCUGCGCAUACAGGAGUUGGAGAUGCAGGCGCGGGCUCAUGGUCUUGCAAUUCUGCCGUCGUCUUCCCUCUGCUCCUCUGAGCUGAUAGCCCGAGCCAUCAAGCAGGAGCCCAUCUUAGGAGACUGUCCCUCAGACCUGUACCAGCAGCCAGGUCCUGACAUGUCCCCUCCCACCACACUGGACCUCAACAACGGUACCAUCCACUUUAACGACAGCCCUGUGGAUGCAGGUGACCCAGGGGCAUAUGGCUCCAGCAAAGCAUCCACUAAACUGAAGGACAUUCUAAUGGACAACACCCUGUCGCCCAUAUCAUCCAAUGACCCCCUUCUGUCCUCAGCUUCCCCAGACACCUCCAACAGCAGCAGCAGGCGUAGCAGCAGCUCAAGCAUGGAGGAGAAUGAUCAUGGUUGUUAGCACUGCCCACAAGCUUAAAUCACACUGACAUUUUAUAAAGUAGCAUUGUUAUUACUGGGGCCAACGCUAGGUGCUGCUAUGGCCUAUUCCUUGAGAUGCUUCCCUGCUAGCAUCCAAAGCUGUCCUCCAUACUCAGUGGAUAAAGACAGUGGGAUUUUCCCUCCCAUUGUGUUCAGAAGUUUUGUCUUUUGUUUUUGUUUGUUUUACAAUAUUGUGUCUCUUUCUGGAAUCAAAUCUGGCUGUUCAGAUUAGGCUAUUCUACCUAAAGUGACUGCUGAGAUUUCAAUGUACUGUAGCGUUCACUUUUCAUGUGUGAAUUAUUUGACAGGAAGUGCAAAAUAACAUGGCAAGAAUGUAUUAUAUGUGUAAUAUUUUGAUAUUUUUUUCAUAUCAUGACCAUUUGUUAAAUUAGUUUAAAACAUUUGUUUUGUGAGAUAUCAUAGAGAAAUAUAUAUUUAGUUGAAUACUUAAAUUAGCUGAUAAUAAAAUUUCACCAAGAUUUUAAGAUGAGAUAAGACACAUUUUUACCCUUAAAUUUAGAAGCAAUGGUUUGAAACCUACAAUAUUGUUUGCGACUAGAAACAACUUUCAGGAACAAUGAAUACAAUUUGAAUGAAUACAACCUGUUAAUGAAUGUAGUUUCCGACAUGGUGAUAUCUAAAGUGAAGAUAUUUGUACAAAACAACACUGUAAAUAUACAUAUUUUGUGAUUUCGUUUUUUGAAGUAGGCCUUUAAGUAUUAAAUUGAAAGUGAAUUAA